UCGGAUUCGGCAGUUUUGUGCAAAGCUGUGCGGCGCCAUCUCUCCACCUCGUGCUGAUUCUCCCGACGACGACAGAGAAGCAAUCGUAGUCAGCAUCUGCCAGGAUCCACCUGCUGCUGUCCAAGAUCAGCACGCUGGUGACAGCCAAAUGGCGACUCUUGUGAAUAAGGCGAGAACGAAAGCUGUGCAGAUCCACCACAAGGGAGCUAAAGAAGGUGUGAAGGUAAAACUUGAAGGAGUGGGUACAGCUUUGAAGGAUGUACCGACCCAGGGCAUCAAACAAAAUGGUUACAUCAUCACACCUUCGGGUGCCAAUGUCGGUGAAAACAUAUCCAUCAACGGUGGCGGCCUUGUCAUCAGAGCCCGAAAUGACAAGACUCAAACAAUCACAGCCACAUCAACUCCCGACAACCAAUUGCAGGUUCAAGUCGGGCAGGGUAAAUCAGCUGUGCAGCUGUCCAUUCAAGUAACUCCACAAGGAUCACGGGGAGAGGUUGAAUUGCAGUGUGUUCGGAAUUCACAAGAUAAAGGGGCAACCACUGGGUAUACUGUCAGUGUCAGCAGGCCAGAAGAAGAAUCUCGUUCACUCAAGCAGAAUCGAGGAACAAGAUCGCCGAGAAGUCAAAGUCCACCAGACAGACGCGCAGUGUCGCCAGAUAGAGGCAGGACUACUCCCGAGAGACGAUAUUGCUCUCCAGCUCGCAGCAGAAAAUCGCCAGACACCAGUAGAUUCAACUCUGCUGCUUAUCAGUCGCACAGUCCUUAUGCAUGUGAAGAUGAAGCAUGCGCUUUAAAGGAUGAGACUCCUGAGACGAUCCCACAUGAAAGACCACGAUCUAGUCAUGCUCAAACACGCCGACGUGAACAAGCACCAGCUCAAAAACCAGCUCCAAAACCUCCCUCGGUGAAAGCUCCGAAUCAAUCGAGAGGAUCCGAGAUGGCAAAUGUCGAGGAUAAUGAUGAUUAUUUGCUUUAUAAAAGGAAGCUCGACACUCACCAUCACAAACCUACAAUAUCGUACCUCAUCGCUAGGAGGAUGACCGAGUUGUUCAAGGAAAUGAGGAAGACUGCUGAGAUGCAUCCGCCUCCUCCUUUCGUGAAGUUUUGACCUUGCUUUCAAGUUGAUUCAACGUUAGGUGUUUACCAGUGUGAUCUGGAGGUGUGAAGCUCCGUUCGUUUACGGAGGGUCAGGUUUAACGCAAAGCAGAGUGUAACUGUUUUGUUUUGAUUUGUGAUGAGGCAAUUGCGAGCUUAUGUGCUCGCAUACAGCCUUAAGUACUUUUACAGAAGUAAGAACGAGAAAUGUCUGCCGGAACCCAGACAGACUAUCUUCCUCUGUCCAAAACCUACAGGCAAAAGAGAGCGGUCAACCCGCAGCAGGAUAAACGAGGAUAUUCGAAACACAACGAAUGGGUUUCCUCCAUCAAUGACUCUGAGAAGAUUGUACUACGAAUUGUGCUAAGGUUGGAUUUGCCCAACACUAGAGGCAACUGUUGCGGUAGGUAAACCUGAUAUUUGAUGUGAUUGUCAAGUGCAAGGCAUUCAUAAACUGUUAAAACAACGUGGUUAUGUUAGACAGACGAACUACGCUUCACAGAAUCUCGUUUGCAAUAUCAAUAAAUUGAGCAGGAAUAUAAAUUUCUUUCC